AUGCCCUCAAUUCCCCUCCAUCCCCGCGCGUCCGCGUCGCGCGACGAUACUCGCAACUCUCUCCCUCAGCUCCUCCAAACUCCGUCCGGCCUCGCACUCCUCGAACUCCAGGGAACCAUAAAUCUUCCUAACCAGGGUGAUUCACAAUUCGGGGAUGAAUCUUCCAAUUCCCCCAACCAAAACGAUCCAUCGCUCGCUUACGAGACCCCAGUUGGCAAACUCAUGUUCCCGGACUACUCGCCGCAAGCUGCGAAAGAUGACACAAAGUGGAUGAAAAGAGCUUAUCUAUAUGUCGGAAGAUACCAGCGAAUGACGGGCGAAGUGAAGAAGCUACCAAAACCCCUUGCAAUUAUCCAACGACGGCAACCGGGAAGUUCAGAUAAUGCUGGUGAGCAGCUGGAGAUCGUUGAGGUCGUCAAGUACAAGCUUAUGUUUAAGAACCGACCGGAGCCUGUGAAUGACGCUUAA